AUGCCUCCCCUCAGUCGAAGCAACUCGUGUGUGGAUAUCGACUACACACUACGCCGCCAGUUUAAUAAGCGUGAAUUUAGACCACAACAGAGGGAGAUCAUUACGGCUGCCCUCGAUGGUAAGGAUGUCUUCGUGCAAGCAGCAACGUCCUUUGGCAAGAGCCUUUGCUUCCAGCUUCCAGCUUGCAUUGACCAUGGCAUUACCAUUGUCGUGUCACCGCUUCUCAGUCUUAUGAUGAACCAGGUGGAACAGCUCCGAGCCGCCGGCAUCGACGCCAGUUCCCUCAACAGCAACACCCUACCGCAGGAGAGGGAUCGCAUCAACAAGGACCUAGCCACAGGCCAUCCCCGCACGAGGCUCCUCUACGUGACCCCCGAGCUCUGCUCCCUCGACGGAUUCCGCAACAGGCUGAAAUUGGUCUACGAUCAAUGCGAGCUGACCCGGGUGGCCAUCGACGAGGCCCACUGCAUUUCGGAAUGGGGCCACGACUUCCGCAAGGACUUCAAGCGGCUAUCCUGGUUCCGCGAGACAUUCCCCGACGUGCCCAUCAUGUGCCUAACAGCCACGGCGAACCCGCUCGUGCGGGACGACAUCCUGUCCACCCUCGGGCUCUCCGCCACGCCCGAACGGCUGCGGAGCUUCGUCAUGACGGCGCACCGGCCCAAUCUGCACCUCGAAAUCCGGUACACCAAGGACCAGGAAGACAGCCGGCUCUCGGAUUUCUUAGCCUGGAUCCGCGGCGUCCACGCGAGGCGCACGGCAGGACCGCGCAAGACGGAGCUCGCGGCCCAGGGCGAGCGGCCCGACAACGUCCCGGGCAUCAUCUACACCAUCUCGCGGGACGAGUGCGAGUCGCUGGCGCACCAGCUCGCGCAGGAAGGCAUCGGCGCGCGGCCCUUCCACGCCAAGCUGUCCAAGGAGGCGAAAGAGCAGACGCUGGCGCGCUGGGUGGCCAACGAGCCGGGCUACGACAUCAUCGUGGCGACGACGGCGUUCGGCAUGGGCAUCGACAAGGAGAACGUCCGCUUCGUGGUGCACUGGCGCCUGCCCAAGUCGUUCGAAGGGUACUACCAGGAGGCCGGGCGGGCGGGGCGCGACGGCCACGCGAGCUACUGUUUCCUGUACUACAGCCGCGAGGACCUCCAGCGGGUGCAGGGCAUGGUGCGGCGGGGCGCGGCCCGCGAGGGGACGGCGGCUAGCUGCGAGGCUCAGCUCCGGAGCCUGCAGGCGCUGGCGCUGUAUUGCGAGGACGUGACUCGGUGCCGGCACGCGCAGAUCUGUCGCUAUUUUGGCGAGGCGGACACGCCGCACUGCGAUUUCGCCUGCGAUUGGCACAAGGAUGCGCAGGACCUUUUGCGGCGGCAGAGGAGGGGGUUGGCCGACGAGGAAUGGGUCAGUACGCAGGCCGAGUAUGGACUGUACGACGGCUAUUACGACGAGUGA